AUGCUAGCACGCAGUAAUAAGAAUGCAGAUCCAACAGGGCGCUUCGAAAAAUUAGACACCCUCCUUACAUGCCAUACAAACGUUGUCUCGUAUAAAGCUUAUGACCGAGAAACAGGAAUGGAGGUUUCAUGGUUCGAAGUAAACGUUAUUGAUUACACUCCAACGCAAAGACAGCAACUUCUAGUUACAGCGGCUCGCUUUAUGAACCUUCGCUGCAAAGAAAUUCUUGCAGUUUUACACUAUUGGGAAGAUUUCGAGAAUAACAUCUUUUAUUUUGUUACUGAAACCAUCAAUACUUCCUCAAUUGCAAACAUGAUUGUAGAUUUUGGCCCGAAACUGAAACCAAAAUUAAUUGCAAAAUGA